UAAAUUUAUGAGAAACAAACACACAAUGAAUAUGAUAAUUUUACAAAUAAAAACAAAAGGGAAAAAUUCUACAACAACCGCAAUCACAAUAACAAGGAGGAGAGAGUGAAAAUCACAUAGACGAAAAGAUCGUCUUCUGAAUCGGAACAAGGGUUUCAGGUUGAAAUUUUAGAGCAGUACAUUAGCAAUUAUGAGAUUCAAGAAAGGUAAUAAGGUGGAAGUGUUGAGCAAAGUUGAGGUGCCUUGUGGCUCCUGGCUAUCUGCAGAGAUCAUUUGCGGUAAUAGCCAUCACUAUACUGUUAAAUAUGAUGGAUAUCAAGAUGAUGCUGGUGAGGCAAUUGUGGAGCGGGUAUCCAGGAAAGACAUCAGGCCUUGUCCGCCAGUACCUGUAUUCAUGGAGAAUUGGACUCCAGGUGAUGUUGUUGAGGUCUUCCAGAACUUCUCAUGGAAGAUGGCUACAGUUUUGAAGGUUUUGGGUAAAAACUACAUUUUGGUCAGGCUACUUGGAUCUUCUUUGGAAUUUCAAGUGAGCAAAUUUGACAUUAGGGUGAGACAGUCUUGGCAAGACGACAAGUGGAUAAUAGUAGGAAAGGGUUCUGCCAGCUGUGAGAAUAGAAAACGUUCUAGCCAACUUCAGAGGACGGCUACAAAGACAAAACUGUCAGGUUCCACUUACUACCAUCCUGAAAAGAAAAACCUGAGUAUUCUGGAAUCUCGACUUGUCUCUUUUAAAACAUUGAAAAGAGGAAGUCAUUCACAAGUUGAGGCAUAUGCUAAACCUCCCCCAAAGUUUAGAGCACUUGAAAAUGAAGGUGGAUGUCACAGAAUAAGAGUUAGAAAUUCACUCACGCCAUUCAAACAGGUACAGGGUGUGAGUUUUCCAAGAGAUGUGCUCGCUGAAGAAUGUUUACCUGCUUCUAUAAACAGAAAAACUGGGAUUCCUAAUAUGGUGGAGAUAGGAAGGAGGAAGCAAACUGGCGCUGUGGGUUGUUCAUUUGGAGAAAACUUAGAAUCAAAUCAUGCUGAUAGUGUUACGUGCUCUGUUGGUAGUUGUAGUAUCACUAGCAGGAAUUCCUAUAAAUUGCAAUUUCCUGUAUCUGCAGGUCCUUUUGAAGAUGUAGAUGGUCCAUUUAGUGAUGCUGAGUCUGCUUGCCAGAGGGGUUAUGAGGAAGGAAAUUGUUCCCCUCCUACACAAGAGGAAUUGGCAGCAGAAAUUCAUAGGGCUGAGGAGGCAUGUAGGUGUUGCUUCCAGAUGUCUACAGAUUUUCUCUUGCUCUAGACAAGGGAUGGCUUUUCUAGUAUGGCUCUUGAUAAGCCAACACUUCCAUUGGCUUGUGGAGUUCUCGCAUUCUUCCAUUUCAGGCCACCUGUUAGCCUCGUAUAUAUGUUUUGCGGAGGAUGCAUGCUCAGAGUCUUGUGGAUACAAUGGGAUGACCUGAUAUGUGAAUGUACAAUUGAAAACUUUCACCUUAGCUUAUUAUUCAAUUGUGAUAUCUUUUGCAUGCUGAUGCAUGAUUCAGUAUCAAUUACUAAUGAAAUGAUCACUGUCAUUUUCUGCGCGUGCAUAACAUGCAGAGGAUGUUUACAUGUCAAUUCCUAGUUAAUGGUUAAAAUGUUGAAUAUCCAGCUUUGUAGUGUUAAUGUAAUUAUAAGUAGAAGGUAGAAGAAGGGUGCACUAUGGAUGGUUAUAAUGGGCAUUUUGUUUUUCUAUAACUAAACAACUGUUAAUCACAUAUAUUAAUUAAUAGUAACAUAACUAAGAUGUCGAAAUGUUCAAAGAAGCACCAAUUUUUUAGAUAAAGAUAAUUUUGACAGAAAACCUAAGGACCCAAUGCAGUAGACAUUGUUGAAAAGGCCUUUUAGUUUCUGAUGUGGAUACGUAUGAAAAGUAUUCACUUUCUUCAAAACUUUUAGCAACUCCUCAUGUUGUUUUAUAAUUUGUGUUAUUUAUCUGUCGAUUUGGAUUAUCCUUUCAGUUCAUCUAAUACCUGACAUGACUGCUUUGAACAAUGCUGUUCUAGUACUUGUGCAUCUGCUACUAAGCUACGUGAACAUGUUUUUCCUUUUAUGGUUGUAAGCUUAACACAAGAAAGUUGUCAUUGCUCUGUGGCUAGUGCAUCAAUGCUCAGCAAUGAUCAAUUAGCACAAGGUCCAAAUGGCUCUUGGAAGAACAUGGCCACAAUAAAGCCGGCAUGACACGAGGUAUGACUAUAAACGGAAUAUUCGUUUUAUGCAUACACUCCACAAUUCCGAUCAAUGAUCCAUACAUAGUAAGUAAAUAGAUUUUGUGCACUUCAUUGGCAUGUUAGACUUGUUUUGUAAUUGAGAAUCUAAUUUAUCCUUAUUUCAACUCUUAUCGGUGUCCUCCAUAUCACUAUCUUUAGAGCUCAAUUUUCCAGAUUUCCAACAAGACAUUGGAUUUCAUUUUGGUUGGCCUAAUAUCUCAGUUGGGCAAAGAUAUCUACGUGUUCUUUGUGAAACUUUUGGCUUCAAUCUGAUGUUUAAUCAAAUGUGGAAUCCGGUGCCCUUUGAAGCAUGUUCGAUGUUUGUCAAAACCUGGGUUUUGAAAAGCUGAAUACCUUGGUUAAA